AUGGACAAAACGAGGAUUGACCAUUCAAGUCGCCUAAAUCUNNNNAAGACAUUCCAGUUGUAUAAAAAAGGUGUUAUAAAGGGAAAUUGCGGGGUCGUCUUGAACCAUGGAGUUGUCGCAGUAGGGUAUGAUCUUGAUGCGCAUGAUCCGUGA